CUAAAUGUUAUAAUUUGAGUUCCAAAACUUGCUUCACAACAGCUCAUAACAAGUUCUUUCUAUCAAUAUCACUUCACAUCAUCACUACUGCCAUAUCAUCAAUAGCGCCACAUCAUGGAUCUGUACACUAAGUUACAAGACGUGGAAUCAAGCGUUGUGCAGCGGAUGACCGAGUUUGAAGCAAUGCUGAGCAGUCACCAGUCACCACACACGGACCUAGGCAAGUUAUCACAAGAUUUCAUUGCAUUCCGGAAUCUCACACUACAAACACUCAAUAUGCUGAGGUCACAGAUGGAGCUUGUUCUCUUGGGGUUGGACAGGCAUGAGAUGGCAUCGCGUCGUAAGGUCCUUCUGUUUCAUGGAAUCCCGGAGUCAGAUGCCACAGACCCAGAAACAGCAAUUGUGGGUAUAUUAACCAACCAAAUGAAGUUGACUGGAUGCACAGAAGAGGAUUUAACUGCUUGCUAUCGAUUAGGCUCCAACACCAGUAAGCCUAGGCCUAUAUUAGUCAGGUUCUUGAGUCUGAGGCGAUGCAAUGAAGUAUGGAAGAACAAGACACUCCUGAAGGGAUCUAAGGUCAUCAUUUCAGAAUUUUUGACCAAAUCACGUCAUGAUGUCUUUCUGGAGGCCCGCUCUCAUUUUGGCGUUAAGCGCUGCUGGACAACAGAUGGGAAAAUAAUCGUCCUUCUCCCGGAUAAUAAACGCAAGGAGGCCUGGGUACACUGA